GAGCGUUCUCAGGCAUCAGGACUGUGGUGUGUGGACUGGGAGGAUCUUGACCUACUCCGCUAACCCAGUGGCCUGAGCAAAUCACAAGGGGGAUUGGAGCCAUCUGCCCAGCCCCUCCCCCCGUGACAGCCUACUGGAAAGAGGGACAAGUUAGCAAUUCAAAUAAUUGGCUUUUUGCCUGCUUCGUUUCCAAAUAAGAAGGCAGGGGUUGCUGCUGAGGUGCAAAGGGGUUUUGUGAAUCACAGUGGUGGCUGAGACCCCAGUUCCUCCAGCUCCUACCUAUUUCUGGCUGACCCCGAGGGCAAGGAUGGUGGAAGCUUUCUGUGCCACCUGGAAGCUGACAGACAGUCAGAAUUUUGAUGAGUAUAUGAAGGCUCUGGGUGUGGGCUUUGCCACUAGGCAAGUGGGAAAUGUGACCAAACCCACGGUGAUAAUCAGUCAGGAAGGGGGCAAAGUGGUGAUCAGGACCCAGUGCACAUUCAAGAACACAGAGAUCAGUUUCCAGCUGGGGGAAGAGUUUGAGGAAACCAGCAUCGAUGACAGGAACUGCAAGUCUGUUGUUCGGUUGGAUGGAGACAAACUUAUUCACGUUCAGAAAUGGGAUGGCAAAGAAACAGACUGUGUAAGAGAAAUUAAGGAUGGCAAAAUGAUCGUGACUCUGACCAUUGGUGAUACUGUUGCUGUGCGCUGUUAUGAAAAGGCAUAGAGGAGACGGCGGUUCUUUGGAAGUUCGCUUUGCUGGAGUUUCAGAGAUGACUAGCUACUACAGCACUGCUCACUCAUUAGAUGGUUGUCUUUGGUGUGGAGGCAGAAAAUUAUAAUUUAAAGAUAUGCAACUCCAAGCAACUCAUAGAAUUUUGAUAUGCAAAGUGUCCCUGUUUUGUAAUUUGCUACAAUUUUAUAAUAACUUUUUAUAAAGAUGGGAAUACUUAUGAUUUUCUUUGGAUAACCUCAAUUGGAAUAAAAAGUAUAGACGCAUAAAAAGUUGACUGUUGUUUUUAAUGUCAUCAGUCUGUCUAGGAACUGUCUAUUGGAGAGUUUUCAAUAAAAUAGCCUUUCUUAUAGCAUAAACUGACACUGGAAAAGUAUUGCCUUGUAUAAAAUAUUCAUUCAUAAAAUAACUGGGUGACCCAGAAAAUGUGGAGAUGCCAUGUUUUUGUGGCUUUGAUGACAAAACUUGAAUCAAUAAAUCUGGUCAGGGCCCUAAGGAAGUUCGUCACAGUGACUUGGACAACAAAAAUGAGCUUCUGCUGUUAAAAAACAGUCCAAAGAAAGAAAAUGAGAAGCUUCAAAAUGUGAUUAAAAAAAAUGUAAUCUAGUGCCAUGCAAUCACAAUGUCAUUUAUCAAAGUUUUUGAGUAAAGGUAAUUAGGAAAAGGAAGUUGAUUUCGCCCUCCAUUCUUAGCAUGAAUCUCCAAACACCUCACUACACUGAACUUUACUAAAUCAAGAAUGUAAACAGGAAGUAAAUACAGAGAAUCCUUUAAAGAGUUCAAAUUCCCCUUUUGCCUGGGGUUGCGUAGAAGGGAUGAUGGCAACUGACUUGACAAAACCAAAACAAGUAUCUUUUGUAGCUGGUUUGCAUUGGUGAUGUACGUACAAACAAGUGUGACUACAUUUUGUUACUUGCAAAAUGCUCUUUGGUCAUUUUCUCAACCCAUGACAUAAAACAAGGCAGGGAAUGCUGUACGUAUUCUACCGAUGGAGUAAAACAAGGAUUACAGUUGCCUGGCUAAGUUCUCAUGACUACUAAACAAUACUGAGAAUGGCAAGCUCCCCUGUCUCCCUUUACAUCCUCUUGGAACUCAGCAUCUUGGCUCAGUUUCUUUCUAAAACAAAACUGUAACAUUUUAUUCUCCUGCUUAUUCCUUAGCCAACCUUUCGUCUAUUAGCUUUAGUACAUAAGUGUCUAUGGGGGGGGGUAUAGUAAAAUAUCUUUUAGGGGGAAAUAUGUAAUGCUUAUUUUAAUGCAAUAUUGUGGUUUCAUCACAUUUUUAUAAGUGAACUCAAGGUCAAAAUAUAAAAUGUGAGGAAAUGUUCUUUAAUUUAUAUGGUUCACUACGAUGAUGCCAUUACCUGAUUGCUGUAAGACUGGCUCAAUAUUCUUUACCCAAAAUACUUGGGACAAAAAGUGUUUUGGAUUUUAGGAUAUACAUGUACAUGACAAGAUAUCUUAGAAAUGUGAUCUAAAAAUAAAAUUCAUUUAUGCUUCAUA